UUUGGCAUUGCACCAAAAGUAAGCAGGCUGAGAUCCUGCGUACCCCCCCUCCCCUGCAAGCACAAGCGUCGAAGUGAAAUCAUUGAUAAGCCUCUGACCGGUCACAGUUACCUGGAAAUGUGCGCUUCCUGUGACACGCCUUGGGGCUUCGAGGAGGUUGAUAUAAGCCUACAGCACAGCCUUGUGGCAACUUACUACUUCUCUGUACUCACACAUGCUACAUAAGUUUUGCAUAUCGUGCAAAGUUCAUGACCUUUCUAGUGAAUUUUCAGUCGCAGACUGCAGACGAGUCUAUCAUCUCCCCGAAUGAACGGAGCUCCACGACAUGAAAUCCUUCCCCAUAUCUGUUCAGCGGUGGUGGAAGCGGAGAAUCAGAGCGCGACAAGAUACCAGGCGCAAACACGAGUUGAUUCUCACGGCGCAGCCUACCACCUCUAACAGUAAUCGCUAUGAGAAUCGGAACACAUUCAUAUCGCAAGUAGAUGCGACACCACAACCGGCGACACCAACGACAUUAGUCACAGCGCAUAAAAGUGACCUACCAGCCCAGCAGACCAAUCCGGAGCCUUACAGUCCUGUACCUCAGAUAGACCCGGUCAGAUGGGCUGAAAAGUAUCAGGACAUCCACGACGAACUAAACGAAAGGUUUGAUAGGGGAGAAAUAUUUCCCGAUAGCGAGGUCCAAUCCUUCUGGCGAAAGCACAAGCAUUUCUACGCAGGUCAAAGAUGGUAUAUUCAUUUCUGUGCUUCCGUCAAUUAUAUCACCCCGUACCUGAAGAUUUUGAUGAUACUUACCCUCUGCAAAUACUCAGAUUGGGACAGCCUACCGCGAGUCUUUAACGAGAACAUGCAGCGGUCGGAUGAGUAUUUGCCAUUUAACAAAGAGGCUUUAAACCAACCUCAUUUCCUCAGAGCACAUGCAGUUCCAUUUUACAAGUUCCAGUGGGCAUUUUGUCCUUUGGUCAUAACGCGGUUUCAUGAGGAGAUCCAUCUUGGUCAAGGGUUUUGCAGCCCGUUACCUUUCACCCAAGCCAGUGAAAAAAUCGGCGAGGGAGCUACCGCCUCGGUCACGAAGGAGGUGAUCGCUGCUGGACAUUUGAAGUACAGUGAUGGAACACUUGUUACUUUCACCAGAAAGCCGUACGCCGUGGCGUGUAAGAACAUUAUGGCCAAAGACGUUCUUUACGAAGAGAUUCAGAACCUCAAAAAGCUUCGACGAAGCUUGAGCAAGCAUGACCACAUUUUGGUCAAUUUUGCCAUCCUUGUAGAGGAUCAUCCUGUCCAUACGAAAUGGUACAGAAUAUUGCUGUUCGCCUUUUGGACGGAACAACUCUCAUCUCUAUGGAUCGAUGGACCUCAUCGACCAAUGCAAAAGCAUCGCCGAUGCACUCGACUUUCUACACAAUGGGCUUUAUGAUAGUGCGAUGCUAAGUCGCUCACAUAACGAUUUGACGCCUGAGAAUAUCCUCGUAUUCGUCCCCGAUGAACCUACGCCUACUCACCGCUACCCUGUGGGCAAGUGGAAAAUCACAGACUUCGGAAUUUCUCGUAUCAAGCCGAAACGGGACAGUCCAAAGGCGGGAUCCAGUGUACUGUCAUAUGAGAGACUCAAUGAGGACCUUCAAGGCCAACCAGACUCUCUCAGACGUCCAAUGAGCAGGACUCCCUCGCCCGUAUCUGCGCACUCCGGAUCGCCUAGGAGGGCAACACAUAUGAGUCACCCAGACCAGCACGACAGAGCGCUAUAUUUAGACUCGGGGA